CAUCAAGUAGUUAACGGUUUCGACUCUGGACCAGCAUUUUAUCAAUCUAAUCUAUUCCAAUCAAGGAUAGUACCUAGCCGAAAUUUGCAAAUAAUGGAAGCCAUUUUUACCAUCAAUGGAAAGAGCUUUACAGCCGAUCCCAAGACCGUACCCAUCGAUACAUCACUCAACACGUUCAUCCGCAACCAUGCUCACCUGAGCGGCACGAAGUUCAUGUGCUUGGAGGGAGGAUGCGGAGCUUGCAUUGUAAAUGUAAACGGAAUUCACCCGGUGACCAAGGAAAAGGCUUCGUGGGCUGUAAAUUCGUGCUUGUUCCCGGUAUUUUCCUGCCAUGGGCUAGACAUCGUAACCGUUGAAGGAAUCGGUGACAAACAAGAUGGCUACCAUGCAACGCAGAAAGUUCUGGCGCACUUCAAUGGUACGCAAUGCGGAUACUGCUCGCCGGGAAUGGUCAUGAACAUGUACAGCCUGUUGGAGUCGAAAAAAGGUCAGGUAUCGAUGGCCGAGGUCGAGAAUGCCUUCGGAGGCAACAUUUGCCGAUGCACCGGCUAUAGACCAAUUCUGGACGCCUUCAAGUCACUGGCAUAUGAUGCGGAACCUAGGUUGAAACAGGUUUGCAUGGACAUUGAAGAUUUGACCAAGAUUUGUCCCAAAACCGGAAGUGCUUGCGGCGGCAAAUGCUCUGCCGCUGGAAAGGUUAACGAAAAGAAGGGCGUUCAUAUGAGUUUCGCUGAAGACAAGGAAUGGCACAAGGUAUACAACAUUAGCGAUGUGUUCGCAAUUUUUGAAAAGAUCGGAACGAAGCCUUACAUGUUGGUUGCUGGCAACACAGCUCAUGGAGUCUACCGUAGAUGCGACAAACUACAGGUAUUCAUCGACGUCAGUUCCAUCGAGGAACUUCGUUCGCACUCACUUGGAAGCAAUUUGAUCGUCGGAGCUAACGUAUCGUUGACUGAACUGAUGAGUAUUCUGUCCAACGCAGCCAGCAAGAAUUCUAACUUUACGCACUUUACGGAACUUGUCAAGCAUAUCGACCUGAUUGCCAACGUUCCCGUGCGCAAUACCGGAACUAUUGCCGGAAAUCUAAGCAUCAAGAACCAGCACAAGGAGUUUCCAUCUGAUUUAUACCUGAUUCUGGAGGCUGUUGGGGCCACUUUGACGAUCAUGGAAUCCGGUGGCAAAACCAGCACCGUAGCUCCUUCAGAAUUCGUCAACUUCAACAUGCAUAAGAAGCUAGUUUUGAACGUCACCAUUCCACCUCUCGAUCCAAAGACCUACGUAUUCCGUUCCUUCAAGAUUAUGCCGAGAGCUCAGAAUGCUCACGCCUACGUCAACGGAGCUUUCCUCGUCAAGUUCAACGAGAGCAGAACCACCAUAAACUCUGCGUCCGUUUGUUUCGGUGGCAUCAACCCUAGUUUUACCCAUGCAACCGCAACCGAAAAAUACCUCGUUGGAAAGAACAUUUUUACCAACGAAACCAUCCAAACGGCUCUAAAAACCUUAUCGGCUGAACUCAAUCCGGAUUGGGUUCUACCGGACGCCUCUCCGGAAUACCGUAAAAACCUAGCCGUCUCCCUGUUCUACAAGUUCGUCUUAAACAUCGCUUCCGACGGAAAAGUAGCGCUCAAGUCUACAUUCAAAUCUGGCGGCACCGUCCUCAAUCGGCCGGUAUCCACUGCCUCACAGCGCUUCGACACCGUUAAGGAAAACUAUCCACUCACGAAGAACAUUCCCAAGAUCGAAGGCUUGGCUCAAACUUCCGGCGAGGCCAAGUACGCCAACGACUUUCCAGCCUUGCCGAAUGAACUGUACGCAGCGUACGUCUUGGCCACGGAAGCUCAAGCUAUCAUUGAGAAUAUCGAUGCUUCGGAAGCCCUGAAAAUCCCUGGCGUAGUUUCAUUUUUCUCCGCAAAGGACAUCCCUGGAGCCAAUAACUUCAUGUAUUUCCAAGAGUGGAUGGGCAAAGAAGUGGAACCCAUAUUCUGUGCGGAUAAAGUCGAAUACCACGGACAACCAAUCGGUAUGAUCGUCGCGGAUACCUUUGCCCUGGCAAACCGAGCUAUCAAAGCCGUCAAGGUCACCUAUGGAAAACGGCAAGUAGCCAGACUGUACCCAACGGCACAAGAUGUUCUACAAGCGAAGGCUACCGAUCGCAUCGAGGAAAUGAGCUACGGCACCCAUGGGGAAAACUUCGACAAGGCCUCCGGAGGAGAUGUGAAGGUCAAAGGACACUUCGAAAUUGGAGGUCAAUAUCACUACUACAUGGAAACACAAACGUGUGUCUGCAUUCCUAUCGAGGACGGUAUGGACGUAUACUCGUCUACCCAGUGGGUUGACUUAACUCAGAUGGCUAUCGCUAGAAUGUUGAAGAUUCCACAGAACAGCCUGAAUUUGUACGUUCGCAGACUUGGCGGAGCUUAUGGAGGCAAAGGAACUCGUGCCACCAUGGUCGCAUGCGCUUGUGCCUUGGCCGCACAUUUCACCAAGAGACCAGUUCGUUUUGUCAUGACCCUGGAAGCCAACAUGGAAGCUAUUGGCAAGCGCUAUCCGGUCAUUUCCGACUACGAUGUGGAUGUAGAUAAGAACGGAAAAAUUGUAAAGCUGUAUAACGAAUACGUACACGAUUUUGGAUCAACUUUCAACGAAUCCAUGGGGCAUGCCGGACAGUUUUUCAGUAAUUGCUACGACAAGAGCGUCUUCAAAACCGUAGCAAAAGGGGCCCGGACGGACUGCGCUAGCAAUACGUGGUGUCGUGCUCCUGGUACAACCGAAGGCAUUGCUAUGAUCGAAACGAUAAUGGAGCACAUUGCUUUUGCCACUGGUAAGGACCCACUGGAGGUUCGUAUGGCCAACAUGCCAGAGGACAUAAAGAUGCUUGAGCUGAUGCCUCAAUUCCGCGCAGAUGUUGAUUACGAUGCCCGUAGGAAGCACAUCGAUAAGUUUAACGAAGAAAAUCGCUGGCGCAAGCGUGGAAUCGCAAUCGUUCCGAUGAGAUAUCCCUUGGGUUACUUUGGACAGUUGAGCGCCAUCGUUUCUGUUUACCACGACGACGGAACAGUCUCCGUCUCACACGGUGGCAUAGAAAUGGGCCAAGGCAUGAAUACCAAGGUUGCUCAAGUCGUAGCUCACAUCCUGGGUAUUGCUUUGGAGAAAGUCAUAAUCAAACCUACGAAUAACCUCACUUCUCCAAAUGCUAUUUGCACUGGUGGUAGUAUGACCAGUGAAACUGUGGCUUACGCUGCGAAACGUGCUUGCGAAAUUAUCCUGGAACGCAUGAACCCGGUUCGUGAGGAGAACAAGGAGGAUUCAUGGGAAACUCUUGUGAUGAAAUGCCACAACAAAAGUGUCGAUCUCUGCGCAACCUACAUGUACAAGGCAUCGGACCUGGUUCCGUACAUUAUCUGGGGUCUGAGCUGCUCGGAAGUGGAGGUUGACAUCCUAACCGGAAAUGUCCAGCUGCUUCGGGUUGAUAUCGUUGAGGAUGUCGGCGAAAGCUUGAGUCCUGGAAUCGACGUUGGUCAAAUUGAAGGGUCAUUCAUCAUGGGACUGGGCUACUACCUAACCGAGGCUCUCGUUUUUGAUCCUGAAAACGGCGCUCUACUGACGAACCGAACUUGGACCUACAAACCUCCGGGUGCCAAGGAUAUUCCCGUGGAUUUCCGCAUCCGAUUCCUGCAAAACAGCUCCAAUGCGACCGGGGUGUUACGAUCGAAAGCGACCGGAGAACCGGCGAUGAAUAUGACGAUUUCGAUUAUUUUUGCUCUGCGAAACGCUCUAAUGGCUGCCCGUAAAGAUGCCGGCAUGCCGAGUGAGUGGGUUUCGCUCGGAGCACCAUCGACACCGGAUCAGAUCUACAAGCUAGCCGGCAACUCGGUGGAACAAUUCACGCUGAAUUAAGUUAACGCAUAAUUUUGUGAUGGGAUGGAAAUAGUUUUAUUUUGUAUUUUUGAAGCUUGUAGUGUUUAAUUCAAACUAUUGCAAUUAUCUAGAGUUAUUAAAAUAAAUGGGGUACAUCAUUUGCUGGUCUAGCAUCUUUUCUCGUACGUCUC